GGCGCCCGCCCCAACGACGCAGCACCAUGGCUCCCGCCGGCGACCGAGCCGGCUACUGGGGCCCGCCGACCUCCACCCUCGACUGGUGCGAGGAGAACUACGUCGUCUCCUAUUACGUCGCCGAGUUCUGGAACACCAUCAGCAACCUGAUUUUCAUUCUACCUCCCAUCUAUGGUGCAAUUCAGAGUUAUAAAGAUGGCCUUGAGAAACGCUAUACAGCUGCUUAUUUGUGCCUCACGGCCGUGGGUUUGGGAUCGUGGUGCUUUCACAUGACCCUGAAGUACGAAAUGCAGUUGUUGGAUGAGCUGCCCAUGAUAUACAGUUGCUGCAUGUUUGUCUACUGCCUGUACGAGUGUUUCAAGUACAAGAACACCGUCAAUUAUCCACUCCUAUUUCUACUAGGAGCUUACAGCAUCAUCGUCACCAUAGUUUACCUAAAUUGGAAACAGCCAGUGUUUCAUCAGGUUAUGUACGGGACGCUUGUCAUGAUCUUAGUAUUACGAUCCGUUUAUAUAGUGAUGUGGGUAUAUCCCUGGCUCAGGGGCUUGGGCUACACAUCCCUGACAGUAUUUUUAAUGGGAUUUUUUCUUUGGAACAUAGACAACAUUUUCUGCGACAGACUGAGGGGGUUGCGCAACCAGCUGCCGCCGGUGGUGGGCGCCGUGACGCAGUUCCAUGCCUGGUGGCACAUUUUAACGGGCCUUGGCUCCUACCUUCACAUCUUGUUCAGCUUGUACUCAAGGACACUCUACCUGAAGUACCGGCCCAAGGUGAAGUUUGUCCUUGGAAUCUGGCCUGUUCUUUUAGUGGAGUCACCCAAGAAGCAGUGACCGAGACCUCUCCAUUUUUGGCUGGAAGGCGCUCGGCCUUGGACGCAGCCGGGGAGGUUGCGCAAUUCGUUUUGACAGACAACAACCUCUUGGCGCUGUCAAGAACUCUUCCCCUCCCGCCCCCUUCCCCCUCUGUUCCUGGAACAAGAGAGAACCAUGGAGAGCCAAGAGAGCCCGCAUGUCAAAGAAGCUGCAAUGGGUUUGGGGGUCUUUCACCAGGUGUGGAAAACAGAAUCAGAGGGCAGUCUCUUUGGCGUCUGCGCCCGGCGAGCAAGUGGCGCUGGUCUCGGCCGACGGACACCCUUUCUUUUGGAAGCAGGUGACCGAGAUUCUCAAUCGCUGGCUGGUUAAAGCGAACGUUUGUCAGCGAAUUACAAAGAGCGUUGGAGUCCUGUGA